CUCCGCCAAGAAUUAUCUUAGAACGUUAGAGUGAACCCUGGUAGACACAUCCACUGAUAAGAUAACGUUUUUUUGAACCCCGCGGUAACAAGGUUGCACAAAAAUUCCACAACGCCUUCAUCGAAUUUGUUUUCGCCAACAUAACCGACAUAUUUUGCAAUCUCGCUAAAUCCCAUUGCAAAUUGUUCACCAUGGAUCCCGCGGCAGGACCAGCUGCUCCUCACGAGCCUCCCUACCAAUACACAGCAAACCAGGGCUACGAACAGACAGAAGAAAUACCCCGCGAACUCCAGACCCAAAAGGACGACGGUGCCCUUCUCGAGCAGGAAGACGAUAAUGACUUUGAUGAUAUUUUCGAGGAGGAUUUCGACGAUAAUGAGUGGUCCGCUGAUGCGGGCGACUUGACAAAAUCUUAUAACCGUCAGCGCAAUGCCGACGGCACUGCUGCUCGCUCGAAUCAGCAGAAACCUACUGCGAAUACCUUUGCCAGCGUCGACGAUCAAGUAUCCGCCCUGUCAAAACACGCCGCCAAGCUUCGUCUUGACACUGUCAAGCAAGAUGUCGAGAAGGACAAGGACAAGGCCGACCGCGCCACAAGCGAACAAGUCCUCGACCAGCGCACCCGCAUGAUUCUCCUGCAGAUGAUCAACCGUGGCUUCGUUAGCGAGGUCCACGGUGCUAUCAGCACCGGUAAAGAAGCCAACGUCUACGGCGCCGUCCUCCACGAUGAUCAAACCGGCGAGGCUACCCAGCGGGCUAUCAAGGUCUACAAGACAGCCAUCCUCAGCUUCAAGGACAGAGAGCGUUACAUCACCGGUGAGCACCGUUUCAAGGGUGGCUUCGACAAGGGAAACAACAGGAAGAUGGUUAAGCUCUGGGCGGAGAAGGAAUUCCGCAACUUGCGAAGGAUCUACACGGCUGGUAUUCCCUGCCCGGAGCCCAUCAGCCUCAAGCUUCACGUUCUCGUCAUGGGCUUCCUCGGCGACCGCAAGGGCUGGGCGUACCCUCGCCUCCGUGACGCUACUCUGACGGGCGACGAUGUCGAUCAGCAGUGGUAUAAGCUUUAUGUCCAGCUGCUUGGCAUAAUGCGCCGAAUUUAUCAGGUCUGCCGUCUUGUGCACGCCGAUCUGAGCGAGUACAACAUUCUAUACCACAAGGAGAAGCUGUACAUCAUUGAUGUGUCGCAAAGUGUGGAGCCUGAUCAUCCUCGCUCUCUUGAGUUCCUGCGCAUGGAUAUCAAGAACGUGGGCGACUUUUUUAGACGCAAGGGCGUUGAUACGCUUGCUGACCGCGCUAUCUUCAACUUCAUCACUACCCCUGAGGGUCCUGUAGAAGAGCCAGAAAUGGCCAAGGCGAUCGAGACUCUGUACGAGACUCGCGCUGAUACGAGUGAAGACCAGGCUGCUCAGAUCGAGGUUGACAACGAGGUAUUCAGAAAUCAGUACAUUCCUCAGACAUUAGAACAAGUCUACGAUAUUGAGAAGGAUGCUCAGAAGGUGACACAAGGUGAAGGUAACGACCUUGUCUACAGUAAUCUACUGGCAGACCAGGUCAUCGCUCCCAAGAAGGACGGUGAAGACGGCGAAGACGGCGAAGAGGCACAAGGUUCUACAUCCGACUCUGACGAUGAAGGCGCAUCUCUCUCAGGUGACUCCAACGACGAGGCCAACUUCGAAAAGGGUCCUCCCCGCGGCCGUCGCUUCGAGGACAAGGAUGAGAAGAAGGCCCAUAAACAAGCCGUCAAGGAAGCUAAGCGCGAGAAGCGCAAGGAGAAGAUGCCCAAGCACCUAAAGAAGAAGAUCGUCGCCACAUCAUCCCGUCGCAAGAAAUAGACAUAAACACCAUCACUCUUGGCGAUUCCUUAUUCGCUUUCCUCCCCCCGUUCCGGGCAAGGGACCGUUGUAUCGAGACGCAGGGUCAGGUCCCCCCCCCUUUGCCUAAAGGAGGAAUAACACGAAAAGCUUAUAUCAAACCCCCCUUCCCCCCCACAGGCAAACUGCAAUCGGAUGAUGAAGACAUUGAUUCGUCGCCCGGAGAUGUCACCGCCGAGACGGUUUAGCAUUCCCCCCUUGGGAGUCUGUGUAACCUCCGGUUCCUUUGGCUCCCGCGGCGAUCUGAACGUUCCCUCCCUUUCCGUGGGGUACGUUUUGAACGAUCAAAGAGAGCUCUGACGAUUUGUAUUUUUUUUUUGCCUCCCGCUUCUCUUCCCGUGACGGAACGGUAUGGAAAAUGAUUCUCAGCUCCAGAUGAGGCUUGGCUGACCUCGGUUUUUGGGGGGUUUGAAAGAAAAGAGCACACCGGAAAAAAGAGUAACGACUUGAAUAUUAUGUAUGAAAUGCCCUGAUUUUAUCGCUCAGUUGUGUUUUAUACAACUCAAAUAGUAAAAAAGUCAACGUUGACCCUCCCCCCCCCUUUGACGCCAGUACAUGAUAACGUACAAUCUCAAUCUGAUCAUAAUAUCUCAAAUUUCUUCCUUCUGAAAGGUUCAUCAGCCGGUAGAUAAUGCCGUAACAGGACUGGUCAUGUUCAAAAGUAGAACUGCUGCUG